UUGUGAAUAAGUUUCAGAGGGAGUACAGCCACAUAAUAUAAUUUCUCAUAAUAUUACCCUGAACUCUAACCAGGGAACGCACGGUGAGGCUUGGCCCUUCAAUCAGAAAGAGGGUCUAAAUUGCCUGAAAAUCGAGUCAUUAAGACGAUUCUGUUUAUGUUACAGCUUGGGAGAUCCAAGUCUUAAUUAUGAUGUUUAUCAAAGCUUGAAAGUAAAAACCGCUGAAGAAACAACAUGGCCACGAAUGCCGAGUCUGUAAAGCUAGUCCGGGCCCGGUUCCCGUACAAAGGCGCUAGCACAGAUGAAUUGACUUUCAACAAGGGUGACAUUAUUAUGGUCACGCAACACGUGGAGGGUGGAUGGUGGGAAGGCACACUGAACAGCAAGACAGGCUGGUUUCCUAGCAACUAUGUCAAAGAAAUCCCAUCUGCUGGGGGGUCACCUGUAACUACAAGGUCAUCCAUCAAAGGAACAUCAUCCUCAACAGACGAAGAAAAAUCACAAUAUCAUGCUCAGGUGAUAGAGAGUUUAAUUGAGACCGAGAAACAACAUUAUAACGACAUUCAACAUCUAUUGACAAACAUUUUACAGCCGUUAGAAACUACAGAGAAGCUCAGUCCAGUUGAUUAUGCCACCUUAAAAGGUAACAUUGACCGGUUUCUGCCCUUCCAUCAAUCACUGAGGAAAGUAAUCGAAGAAAACUCUCAAGUAAUAGUUUCUCGAAAGAUGAGGAGAAAAUCAGAUACAAAACAAAGGAUAGGGCAGUGUUUUAUAAAGGCAGCGGCCGACUACAAGACAAUUUACUCAUCAUACUGUGCCAACCAUCCGAAAGCUGUCUCUGUUCUUACGCAACGCGGGGAUGAGCUUGGAAAAUAUAUGGAAAGCAAGGGACAGUCACUGAUGAAUUUGACAACGGGUUUGAGCAAUCCCUUCCGAUGGAUGGACCAGUAUACAAAUGCACUUCGGGAAUUGGAAAGGCAUACAGCAGUUGGGCAAUCAGACAGGAUCGAUGUUGCGACUGCUGUUUCUGUGUAUACUGAUAUAGCAAAAUUUUGCAAACAACUCAGGAAAAGGAAAGAGAUGGAGCAUGAUAUAAUGACAGGAACAAUACAAGGUUGGGAAGGAGAGAAUAUUAACACCCUUGGUGGUGUUGUUAAAAUGUGGCAAUUCUCAGUCAUCCUAGACACUAUCAAAGAAGAAAGAAUAUUCCUUCUCUUUCCAAAUUUAUUAGUUAUUCUCUCACCGGAUGUGAAUAUGAGUGGGUUUACUUAUGAGGGUAAAAUAACAUUGCCAAAUUUACGUUUGACGCGGGUCGAUGAUACUGAGGUGGUUACAAAUGCAUUUGAAAUGUCAAAUAAUGGCGCCGACAAAGUUCUACUCUCGGCUAGUACUUUAAUGGAGAAGGAAGAGUUUAUUGAUGAAACAGAGAGGUUACAGAAUCAACAACCAGCCCCGGUAGUUGUGAUGCGGCGUGAUAAAAAACAACAGGAAAUACAAAUGUCAGAUAUCACAAGUAGAGUAGAAAACACAAAUAAUGCAAGAAACCAAGAUGUUCCAUCACCGCCACCAAUCAAAUUAAGGAGCGUCAGCUUUCUGCGUCCGGCUCCACCCAUCAGCCCCCACACUGUAUGGAAUAUGAAAGGGGAAGGGGUCGUGAAAAGUCCCAAGUCUUCACGCAAGCUAUUGACAUCAGUCAAAAAGAAGCAAGCUGCAAAAUUAGCAAAUUUUCAAGUUCAAAGGUUAGAACACCAGGAGGAGGAUACUCAGAUACUGAAAGUGAUAGAAGCGUAUUGCUUUUCAUCAGGAAACUCGCGCAUAUCAGUUCAAAUGGACAAUACUCCUCCCGUUUUUCUGGCCGAAGAAGAGAAAAUCAUAGUGGAGGAAACUCGGGGUAACGAAACGGUUGUGCAGGAAAAAGGAAAUUCCUUCAGAAAGAGUCUAGUUGAUACUGUCUAUGCACUGCGUGACCAAGUGAAGGACCUAGUCGAUGAGACAAAACGUCUGAAGAGAGACUUAGACGAAGAACGCAAGGCUCGACGCAAACUGGAAAUUACGAUAAGGAAAUCUUUUCGUAGUGUAGAUCGUCACUCUAGUGAUUCAACGCUAUGACGUGAUUCCUUAGGGUGCCGAUAGUUAGAGACGUGUUAUUCAAUAGAGCUUAUAUUGUACAAAUAAGAUACGAAUCAAUAAAUAAUCUUUAGAUAUGCACGAACUGUAAAGUAUGUAGAGAUAGAGAUUUUUUAAAUACAAAAUCUUCCUCUGAUCUGGAUUACAGUAUUAUUUUUUUUAUCCAGUUAUCAAGUAAAGCUCUGAGAUGUUAAUCUCCACAACCUGGUUUUAAAAAGGGCAAUGGAAAUUAGUUCAUCGUAAAGAUAUACUGUCUAUAGAGAAUUACGUUUCUGACGUCAAAAAAAAAAUCACUACUAAGCCAGCGCUACCCAAACAAUCAGUAUGGUUGAGUGCCUUCUUAGAUGGGCUACAGUUCAUGUAGCAUUUUCAACUGAUGUAACUUUCAAACAAUGUAUGUUUAUUUUGGCAUGGACAAUGAAAUAUACAUAACUAAUAUAUGCAAAGUUUUUGUUUGUUUUGAAAACACUGAUAAACUGUGGCUUGUAGCUGAGGAAGCACUGGGCUAUAACGACAAUUUGGUAGAUAGUUGAUCAGUAAUAAACAGCUACUACAUCGUACCAUAACAUGGUCACAUGGUAUGGUAACCUUGCAACAUAGUACUCUGUUGAACUAACAAAAUUGAACAAUAAUAGUUAAAUGAUGAAAUUAUUAGCUCUCUGUUAAAAUGUAGUGAUAAAAAAACUAUAUUCCUUGCAUAUUAACAGAUCUGUAAAAUAUACUCAAUUCCUUUGUGGUUUACAUAGGCCCUUAAAUUUGAUGGCAGUCAGUUUAAGAAUUUUUGAAGCAAAAUAUCUGUAAACGGAAACUUUUUUUUUUCAAAUAGGCCCUCAUUGAAAGUUGAUAGCCUAAUAAAUUAUUUUAUAUGAGCAGUUUAUUCAAUGUUUUAAUUACAAUUUUUAAUGUUUUUGCAGAUUUUAACACAGACUGUAUAUCUUUAUUGUGGUCAGAAUUAAUUGGUUAAGACUGGUUCUUCAACUUAAACUCAGCUCAGAUACUAUCAUAAUGCCUGUAUAAGUAUGUGCUAUGACAUCAUCUUACAUGUAAAAGUGUGUGGUAUGACAUCAUGAUGCAUAUAUAAGUGCAUGAUAUGACAUCAUCAUGCCUGCAUAAGUGUGUGGUAUGACAUCUUCAUGCGUGUGUGGUAUGACAUCAUCAUGCCUUUAUAAGUGCAUGGUAUGACAUCAUGGCUGUAUAAGUGCAUGGUAUGACAUCAUGGCUGUAUAAGUGUGUGUUAUGACAUCAUCAUGCCCAUAUAUAGGCAAAUCACACACAUUUCCACUUGACAGAGCUUAACCAUUAGUGUUGCUUAAAGCUGUGUUUACAUUGUAUUAAUUUUGACCAAGACGAAUGGUCAAAUCGUACUGCUGUUCGUACACCAAAGCAUGCGAUAUCAGCAUGCAGUCUGGAAUAUUUAACCGAGUCGUGCUGUACACAUUGGGCUUUUCUGCUUAGCAAAAAUAGCUUGGUUUUCACUCUGGGAAAAGUUCACACGGUUAAACUAAUUUAACCAAAGGAGAAUGUUACACAUAUUUUUCACACUGGAUUUUUGUUGGUCAAGGGAUUUAACACAAUUAGUUGAAGCAAAAUUAAUCCAAUACAAACAUAUGCUUAAGCCAAUUAUUUGGUCAUGAAAACUGUUCAGAUACAUCCAUAAAAAAAAUAUGAUAUAAUACAUGGUUUUUAGUCAUGUUUGAUUGAUUGUAUUUAAAUAUUGUUAUUAUUUUUCCCCGGUAAGAAAUUAUACUUUAUAGGAUAUAGUUUGAGGUCAAGAUGUGCAAAAAUCUGAAAUUAAUUUUAAUUGUUAAAUCAAUAUUUCUAGUAUACUGAACACAAAAUCAGUGAUUGAAUUGCUUCCUUAAUGAUCAAUGUUAUAACUAUAUGUGAUUCUGUAAAGCCUCUAGUAAUUUAGGUUUAAAUGUGUUUUUACAGAUUUUUUAGACUGCUACUCUAGACUAUGUUUUUGUAUGUACCUAAAGUAAAUUCAGUGUUUCAUUUAGAACAGGGGAAAAACACAAGUUUUAUAUAUUAUAUUUGUUGAUAUUUAUUAUGGAGAACCCAUAUCUUUGCAAUUUGGCCUUAUUAAUACAGUGGCCAAUAUUGUUAUAACAUUGUUGAUUAGCGAAUGAUGGAUAAAUGGACAAUGUAAAAUGAACUUCCUUAUACAUAAAUAAGUUAACACAUUGGGCUUAAUCAACUGGCGUAUUUUCAUUAAGCAGUUGUUUUCGGUACAUAUCAUUAUCAUUCAACAGAUUCCAAAAAUAUGAACUCUGUUGGGGACAACAAAUUGAACGUCCAAUCGAGUAAGCCCACAUGAAUAUGUAUGAGCUACGUUCCAUUAAUUUCAUGUUUAAUGUUUUAGAAUGAUAAAUUUGAGAAAUCUUUACACUUUACUGGCAAAAAAUUUAAGGAUGCAAACGCUAUGCCUCAAUGCUGUAUUCAGAUUACGCAAAACCACAAUUGAAACGUUUUUAUGUAAUCUGAUAUAACUUUUCGAUAGAUUGAUUUCUUUCAAUCGAACAGUUUAUAAUUGUCUUUAUCCACCGAAUACAUAUAAUAUUACAUGCAAAUUUAUACAAUCAAAUAGGAAAAGGAAGGGGUUACCACUUUCUUAAACUUUUUUAUGUAAUCUGAUUGUACAUUUGGAUGGAUUCAGUCAUACCAUUUUUAAUGUGCAUGAUACAAUUUUCUCCAUCCUCCGAAAUAUAAAUACAUGAAAAUCUAAUUUAUGCAAGCAAUGGUGGAAAAGAGAGGUUACCACCUGCACCACAAUAAAGUCUUGGCCAGCUGUGCAAAAAUUUUAAAAUAUAAACUGUUUCUACUCAAAAUAUUUGAGCUUCCAAUAAGAAAAAAUUAUAUAACAGAUUCAGAUUUUUUGGGGGACUGGGGUUUGGUGUUAAUGCCACAUUUAGGAAAAUAUUUAUGAUUGUCAGAAAUGAAAGGCCAAAGAUAACAAAAAUAAUGUUUUUCAUUCCGCAAUUUUUAGGUAUAAAAAAAAUGGCAAGGCCUUUUUUCAUUUACUGUUUUUACAGUCACUCUGCACAGGCAUUUGUAUAAUGUAGACCUUGGCCAGGUCUAGCAACACAUGAAGGUGUUUAUGUUCCUACAUGUUUGAAAAUGGGGACAAACACGUGACAAGACACCAUGUUCUGUUUUUUUGUUUUUUUUAUAUGCUUUAAUUAAGCUUAGUCUAAAGUAUCGGGUUUUAUGUGUGUGAUUUGCCCAUAUUCAGGUGUGACAUGAUAUCAUGCCCACAUGUGGGUAUAUGAUAUAAUGCCCAUAUACGAGUAAUAUUGCUCAUAUAUGGGUAAUAUCAGCCUGUAUAUGAUAUAAUGCCCAUAUACUGUAUGGGUAAUAUCAUGCCCGUAUAUAUAUAUAUGAUAUAAUGCCCAUAUAUGAGUAAUAUUCUUGCCCAUAUAUGGGUAUAUGACAUGUCCAAAUAUGGGCACAUCACACAAAUUUGUCACUUUAAAAUUGAUAGCAAGGACAGAGCUUCAGAAUCAACAAUGUGUGGUACACAUUUAUAUUUAAUGAAACUGUCGCAUAUUUUACAACAAUCAUUAAUGUUUCUUAAGCUAAUUUAGAUGUAGGUAGACAUCACUUUUCAUAAACUAUGUAAUUAAUUAAUAAUAAUUAUUUGAUAUAAUAUUUAAAUUGUUACAAUUAGCUUGAUAAUAGUUCACAUAAUUUGUCAGUUUACUAAAUGUUUGACUUGUUGACUAAGUUGGCUUCUGUUGAGUAAUAUAUAACCUUUCUUUUGUAAACUUUGUUGUAACUUAUUCUGUAGCAGGCCAACAACAUCUUAAGCCGGGUGCAUACUGCGGCCAUCAUGAAUCUGCUCUGAGUGCUUGACGAAGUAACACCAGCUCCUGAUUGUCUUUGGCAGUCAGAGUUGAUCAUCGUUAAAAAAUGACCAGUCACUCGUGCCUCAUUGCACUGUGGUCUUGAUGGAAUUAAGUUAGCAAUGAAGUAUAUACCCAGCUUGAGAUGCCAUGGCUUUGUAAUUUUACUUCCGAAUGAAUGGCUCUGUUGAGGUAUGCUUCAUCCAAGAUCACUGCAACAAUUUUAACCUGUAGACGGUGCUUUCAUGUGUUGAUGUAAUGAAUGUUUUUGCAACCGCAAUUUUAGUAGCCUACAAAUAAUUAAUAUGGGUUUUUAUUAUUAUUAUUACUAUUAUUAUUACUAUUACUAUUAUUAUUAUUAUUAUUAUUAUUAUUAUUAUUAUUAUUAAAUGUUACUAUUAUCAUUAUUUUAUUAUUUUGUUAAUGUAAGGUGAAAAUAAAAGAAGCAAAUAAAAACUUAGGAAUACCGUA